GUUCCAGAAUCCAAUUUGCAAAGCCGAGUGAAAUGAUGAUAAUAUAGGCGCCAAGUUCCUCUCAUUGAUCACCACCAGUUCCAGAAUACGGAAAACUGCUCGCUUCUAAUAUUUCUUUGCACGACACACGUAGCAUAGUCCUGCGUCAUUCGCGUCAUGGUAAGUGACUCUGCUAUUCAUUCACUCGCAGGCGCUGCCGGUGGCAUCGUCGCCAUGUCAGCAACAUACCCACUCAUAGUCUUAUCGACGCGCGCUGCAGUCAACGUGAAGAAUGACUCCAAGAACGUAGCUCAACAUUUCCUCGAGAUUGUCAAGCGCGAGGGUGUCGUGGGCCUUUAUAGCGGUCUGAGCCCAAGUUUGCUCGGGAUAGCUGUCACAAACGGGGUGUAUUAUUAUUUCUAUGAACGUUCACGAGGGAUCAUUCUGAAUUCGAGGCAAGGGAGCAAGGCGCUUAAUAUGAUGGAGUCGAUGUUAGCAGGCGUUGUUGCUGGAUCAGCAACCACCAUCAUCAGCAAUCCUAUCUGGGUUAUACAGACGUCCCAAGCCGUUCGAGUAGAACCCUCCCCUUCCGAAUUAUCCAAUUCACAUGCAGUGCCCAAACGGCCAAGUAUCUUGCGAACAAUUCAAGCCAUCAUCGCUAAAGACGGGCUGAACGGACUCUUUCGUGGGCUCGGCCCUGCUUUAGUGCUUGUGAUCAACCCUGUACUGCAAUACACGGUGUUUGAGCAGUUGAAGAACUUUUUGAUUAAGAAAAGGACCUUGAAGCUAAGAGCGAGGGGCUCUGGAAGUGUGGUUGCAGUCUUGUCCGACUGGGAUUUCUUUGUAUUGGGCGCAUUUUCAAAACUUGUCGCAACGGGCUCGACGUAUCCUUACAUUGUCCUAAAGAGCAGGCUCCAGGCUGGGCAGGCGCGCGCAGAGCAAUACAAAUCUUCUCUCCAUGGUCUCGCUACCAUCUUGAAAGAGGAAGGCAUACAAGGACUGUACAAAGGCGUCGGCAGUAAACUCCUCCAGAGUGUCUUCGCUGCUGCAAUAUUGUUUGCCGUACAGAGGAGAAUAUAUGAGUUGACGAAGAAGGCUAUCACGUCGCUGUCAUGAUUGUCCGCGGGGCAUCAGUGCUAUCAUGGGUGUGUCGCAUAUGGCAGUUACAAGCAUAAUUCCAUUCUCACGAGAAGAUGGGUGAUGAUUGUAAGAGAUAUAUUAGGGCUGAAGUCACCAAGCCAUACAGAAGUUUUCAGAAUGUCGAAUUUAUGGUCUGUAGUAUCUUUGACUAUGUUGACAACUCCGAGGUCACUGCCAGCGGUAAAAGUUCAUAACAUUCUUAUCCGCCAGGGGUUUGGUGGGGGUGUGGUUUUGUACGUCAGAAAGAUAUCAAUGUUUGCUGAGAAACAUCCAGAGGACCGUAGUCAUUGAUGACCCAUGAGUCCGCCCGUGAUAAGGACACCGGUCGAGCAAGAUGAAUCAAUCG